CAACAUAUCCUGAUCCCUUUUCUCCUUGUGACUUCGGUCUUGAAGCUCACACUCGGCUUCCUGUCCAACCACGCUGUCGUGCACUUGCCUUUUCUGCUGCACAACUCAAUGUCCAUCGCUCCCAGUUUCUCUCUGCUGUUGCAUCUGCAGAUCUCUGCAGUGCAUGUCUUCAUCGUUUUGUUGCACAGUUUGCUUUGCCUGUUGAAUCUGAUGCAGAUCUACGGACUAUUUGUCACACCAUUCUUCACCCUGCAUCGCAAUGUGCUCCCUCUUCUAAUGUUGACGCUUACCAACAAUGGCACCUCCAGUGUGCAGCAUAAAAAGAUUCUGAAUCAGUACUACCUAACUUCCUCCCAACAACUCUCCACUUUGGUUUGCGCUGUCUGUGCCACUGCAAAACCAUUGCAUGGGUUUGUGCCAAAUUCUAUGCAGUUGAGCGCUCAUGACACCGACUUGCUGGUCAGUGUAUACCCCAACCAUGGCCUGAACCCGUUUGCGAAUACACCAUCCCUGCACCACAUUAUGAUCUGUCCUGAGGGUGUCAUUUCCAACUGCAAUGGUCACUUCAGACUCCGAGUCUGUCUUGCUUGUCACUGUGCAUUGAGACGACACUGGUUACCUCCCACUGAAAUGGCAAAUGAUCUGUACUUGGGUCCUUUCCUCAUUAUGUGGCUCUGUGGUUGA